GCCGGGGCCGGGGCCAUGCCCGGGGACCCCCAGCCCGGCUCCCAGCUGGAAGCCGAACUGUACUUCCUCAUCGCCAGGUUCCUGGCGGCCGGACCGUGCCGGAGAGCCACCGAGGUCCUGAUAGGCGAAGUGGAGGGCAAACAGCUGCUGCCGAAAAGGAUAGACUGGCAGGGGAAAGAGCACCCCAGGACCUACGAAAAUUUGGUGAAAACACAUCGGCACAUAGCUCCAGAUCACCUGUUUCGAAUAUGCCAGCGACUUGGCCCUCUCUUGGAGAAGGAGACCUUGCAGAGUGUUCCUGGAGUUCAUUCCUUACUGGGUGCAGGAAGGCAAUCUUUACUGCGCACAACUAAAAGUUGUAAACAUGUUGUGUGGAAAGGGUCUGCACUUGCGGCAUUGCAUCGAGGAAGGCCACCAGAGCCACCAAUCAAUUAUGGCAGCCCACCCAGUAUAGUGGAUACUGUUCGUGCACGGCAACUUACUGGGAGCUUUCGACUUAGUCAACUUGUUCCUACUGCUGUAUAUCUGCACAUGAAGAUGCACAAGCGUAUUCUGGGGCACUUGUCAUCUGUUUACUGCGUUACUUUCGAUCGGACAGGGAGGAGGAUAUUUACUGGAUCGGAUGAUUGUCUGGUGAAGAUCUGGGCGACAGAUGACGGCAGGCUGUUAGCCACUUUACGAGGACAUUCGGCUGAAAUCUCAGAUAUGGCCGUUAACUAUGAAAACACCAUGAUUGCUGCAGGCAGCUGUGACAAAAUCAUCCGAGUUUGGUGUCUUCGGACAUGUGCUCCCUUGGCUGUUUUGCAGGGCCACACUGCGUCAAUCACAUCCUUGCAGUUCUCGCCAAUGUGCACUGGCUCUUUGAGGUUCCUGUCUUCCACAGGGGCAGAUGGCACGAUUUGUUUCUGGCAAUGGGAUGCUGGCAUGUUCAAAUUUAGCGAUCGACCAAUUAAAUUUACUGAACGGCCAAGACCCGGAGUCCAAAUGAUCUGUUCUUCUUUCAGUGCCGGUGGAAUGUUUUUGGCAACAGGAAGCACAGAUCAUAUUAUUAGAGUCUACUACUUUGGGUCAGGGCAACCUGAGAAGAUUUCAGAGCUGGAGUUUCAUACUGACAAAGUGGACAGUAUUCAGUUCUCCAACACUGGUGACAGGUUUGUCAGUGGAAGUCGUGAUGGGACUGCAAGGAUCUGGCAGUUUCGACGGCAAGAAUGGAAGAGCAUUUUACUGGACAUGGCAGCCAGGCCAGCUGGGUACAAUCCACAGGGAUCAGAAGAUAAAGUGAACAAAUUGAAAGUAACUAUGGUAGCAUGGGAUCGCCACGACAACACAGUUAUCACGGCAGUCAAUAACCUUACACUGAAGGUUUGGAGUUCCUACACUGGUCAGCUCAUACAUGUUCUCAUGGGCCAUGAAGAUGAAGUGUUUGUGCUUGAGCCACACCCAUUUGAUCCCAGGAUCCUCUUCUCUGCAGGGCACGAUGGCAAUGUAAUAGUUUGGGACUUGCUGAGAGGAGUGAAAAUCCGAUCCUAUUUCAACAUGAUUGAAGGUCAGGGACAUGGAGCAGUGUUUGACUGCAAGUGCUCCCCUGAUGGACAGCACUUUGUAUGUACUGACUCCCAUGGGCAUCUCCUAAUCUUUGGCUUUGGUUCCAGCAGUAAAUAUGACAAGAUUUCUGACCAGAUGUUCUUCCACACGGACUAUCGCCCUCUAAUCCGUGAUGCCAAUAACUAUGUCUUAGAUGAGCAGACACAACAGGCGCCGCAUCUUAUGCCACCUCCGUUUUUGGUGGAUGUGGACGGCAACCCUCACCCACCGAAAUACCAGCGUCUGGUACCUGGCCGAGAGGGCUGUAUACAUGACCAACUCAUUCCACAGAUGGGUGUGUCUGCCACAGGUUUAAACCAGGUACUUAGCCAGCAAGCAAACCACGAAGUCAGUCCGUUAGACAAUAUAAUUCAGCGACUUCAGCAGGAGCAAGAUCAGAGACUGCAUGCAGGUACCAACGACACCUUGAACAGAGGAAGAAUAGGCUCUCAGAGUUCUGCCUCCGAGAUGCACUCGCCACCAAAUGUUGGACUGAGGCGUAGUGGGCAAAUAGAAGGUGUUCGGCAGAUGCACAGUAAUGCACCAAGAAGUGAAAUUGCCACAGAAAGGGACCUUGUGGCAUGGAGUCGCAGGGUGGUAGUGCCAGAGCUAACCGCAGGUGUAACCAGUAAGCAGGAAGAAUGCAGAAAAGCCAAAGGGGAAGAAGAGGUGAACACUCAUAAAUUUGAGAAGAAAAAGAAAUCACCAAGUCAAGUCCAGCGUGAAAACAAGAAUCAUGCCCACGAAAGAUUGCAAGAAAAUGGAGAAGUGAGAAAACCAAACCGACAGAAUAUACACAACUACCGUACACGAUCUGCAAUGGAUGACACCAACAGAAGCUCCCAACAAGUAGAAUACAACAGUUCUUCAGAGGAGGUUGAAGUGCGCGUUGUCAAUGGGGCGACUUCAGAUGAGGAGGUGGAACCCUGGCACAGUGAAAGCAGCAGCUCCAGUGAGUACUCCAGUGACUACUCUGAUUGGACCGCUGAUGCUGGUAUCAACCUUCAACCACCAAAGAAAUCCUCACGGAAGCAAGUGAAGAAAGUUGCAAGCAGUUCAGAUGAUGAAGGGGAGAAAGAGAAAGGGAAAGAAAAAGAUAACAAGAAAGAACGCAAGAAACACAAAGAAGACAAAGAUGGUUUGACAGCCCCAAAGAAGAAAAGGAAACUAAAAGAGAAAAGAAUAAAGAGACCACCGGCUGGAGGGUUACAAGAUCAGGGCGAGACCCUGGAGGAAUGGCUGCCGCCAGUAUGGAUUACAGACGCAAUGCCCAGACGCUGCCCCUUUGUACCACAGAUGGGGGAUGAGGUCUACUAUUUCCGACAAGGUCAUGAAGCGUACGUUGAAAUGACAAAGAAGCUAAAGAUUUAUCCUAUAAAUGCUAAAAAGCAGCCGUGGCACAAAAUGGAUUUACGGGAGCAAGAACUGGUGAAAGUAGUUGGGAUCAAAUAUGAAGUGGGGCCUCCUACUCUGUGCUGUCUGAAACUGGCUUUCAUCGACCCAGACACAGGCAAACUGACAGGCGGUGCAUUUUCAAUGAAAUACCAUGAUAUGCCGGAUGUCAUUGAUUUUCUCGUGCUGAGACAACAGUUUGAUGAAGCAAAGACACGACAGUGGAGAAUUGGUGAUCGAUUCCGGUCAGUGAUUGAUGAUGCCUGGUGGUUUGGGACAAUUGAAAGCCAGGAGCCUUUACAGCAGGACUAUCCUGAUAGCAUGUUUCAGUGCUACAAUGUCAGAUGGGACAAUGGAGAUACUGAGAAAAUGAGUCCUUGGGACAUGGAGGUGAUACCCAAUAAUGCUGUUUUUCCAACCGAGCCUGGAUCAAGUGUUCCCCUGACUGCUGCUGAGCAUAAAGUGCAGCUGUACAAACCUCCAGAAGGAGAGUGGAGCUGCAGGAAGAGGGAGGAGGAAUGUGAACGAAUCCUCAGUGGAGUCAGUACACUUCUGACUCUUGACAUUGCUGCCCCCUUUGUGGCACCGGUGGACCUUCAAGCUUAUCCUUUGUAUUGUACAGUAGUGGCCUAUCCCACUGACCUCAGCACAAUUAAAGAGAGGCUAGAAAAUAGAUUUUACAGGCGCUUGUCAUCCCUGAUGUGGGAAGUUCGAUACAUUGAACACAAUGCAAGGACCUUCAAUGAACCUGGUAGCCCCAUUGUUAAAUCUGCCAAAUUUGUCAAUAAUGUUCUCCUUCAGUUCAUAAAAGACCACAGCUGUGCUGAUAUCAUUCCAUUCUACAAUAACCUGAAAAAGAAGAUGAUGUCGGAUGAGGAAGAUGAGGAUGAUGAGGCCGAUGACGCUGAUGUUCCAGGGACCUCCACCAGGAAUAAGAAGGAGCACCAGCCUAGGAGGACCCAACGUAAUCGGGAUCAGUCGUAUGAUAUUAAUAGCUGGAAGGCGUGCUGCAAGAAUUUGUUGAAUCUGAUCUUUCAGUGUGAAGAUUCUGAACCCUUUCGUCGGCCGGUUGAUUUGUUUGAGUAUCCGGACUAUAGAGAUAUUAUCGACACACCAAUGGAUUUUGGAACAGUGCAAGAGACACUGGAAGCUGGAAACUAUGAGACUCCAUUAGAGUUGUGUAAAGAUGUGCGCCUUAUCUUCAGUAACUCCAAAGCUUACACUCCCAGCAAAAAGUCAAAGAAACUCAAAAAUGCAUUCCGAAAAGGUUCAGUCUUACGAUUAAAUGUUGAUUCUCACCAGAUCUACAGCAUGAACCUGCGGUUGUCAGCACUGUUUGAAGAACACAUAAGCUCGAUCAUUUCUGAUUAUAAGUCGGCAGUUCGAUUUCAUUCGAAGAAGAAGGCUUCCACUCAAAGGCAGAAACGAAGGAGAAGCAGCUCUUUGUCAAGCAGUGCUGCAUCAAGCCCUGAAAGGAAGCGGAAGUUUGUAAAAUCCCAGGCCAAAGUAGAACUUGCCACCUCCUCGCCUUCUUCGCCACCUUUGCGGUCAACAAGCAUAAAAACAUCUGUAAUUCAGGCUAAUGGCCGGGCGAGUGAAUCUGCUUCUGUGAUCCGUACCAGAAGGACAAGAUUACGUCUGGGCAACACCUCCAAGACAGAAACCCAAGCUUCACUAGGGACGGCGGCAACACUUCCCAAGUCUUCUGUGCCAACACCAGCUGGAAGUGCACCAGAAAAUACCACAAAGCCAUCAAAGGCUCAGAACAAUCUCCAAAGCCCUAACCUGUCCGAGUUCAAACACAGCGCUGAGACAUCAUUGGAAGCAGAGGAGAAGACUGAGAAAAAGAGGUUAACUCGUAGGAAUAAAUCAACACCAUACAAACAACCUAAGGGUAACAUCCAGGCUGAAUCUUCAGUACCGAAGAGCCCACAAAUAAAUGGACAUAGUGCGUGCACCUCCAAUUUAGUGGCUAAGAGAGGUCCUGGUAGGAAACCUGGGGAAAUUAAAAGUCUUAAAGGACCUGGUAAAAAAAGAGGUAGGAAAAGUAAACAAGAACUACUUCGUUCUCAACAAGAGAAUGAAAUGAAAAGAUUGGCAGAAACAAAAAAAGACUUAUCGAAUGCGAAUGGUGAAGAAGCUACCUCAGAAAGCAGCUCUCAUUCAGAGAGCAACACACAAAGAGAAUCUGUGCCGCCGAAGCCAAGGAGAGGCAGGAAACCCAAAGGAAAGAAUCUACCAGCUAAAUCCAAAUUGAUAGUUGCUGCUAAAGGUAAGAUGCAGACGAGGAGCAACAGUAGGAAGCAUGAGGAUCCCACGGAACCAGUGGAGAGCAUGGACCCAGUUGAGCCUGUGGCAGAGGAGGAGGAAGAACGGACUGAAGAGGCCAUGAGCUCUAAAUCCAUCAUGAAAACGAGGAAUCAAGGUAGAAGGACAACGUGCUACAAUGAGGAGGAUUCUGAGGAGGAGCAAAGGCAACUGCUGUUCGAAGAUUCUACUUUAACUUUUGGAACAUCCAGUAGGGGUAGGCUGCGGAAACUGACUGAGAAAGCAAAGGCCAACCUGAUUGGUUGGUAAACGUCUGUAAUGUGUCUACUCAAUGAGGCUUCUUGUUUAGGCAAGAACAGGUAAGGGAUUGUUGCACUUGAGGUCACUGCAUUCUCACCUGCAGGCUCAGUUGACAUUGUGAUUUCAGUUUGGCGUACUGACCAGAAGACGGCAAAAUGAGCAAGGACUAAUCUAACAACCAUUUUAUUUCUAGAGUUUAAUGUUGUUUUGUAUUCAUCUAGCUCUCCCUCUCUGUCUGGUUGUGUACAUCUUAACAUUGCACAUUAUUUCCGUACUUGCCAACACUAGUUCAUGUUAGAAGGGUGGUUGUGAGAUGUAGUUUGGAUUUCCGAUGUGCAUUUGUAUUCUGCCCUUUUCCCUUCUACUUCCACCUCAUGUCCUCUGAUAAACUGCAGUUUCUAUCUCCUUUUAAUGGUGGAAGGAACACUUGCCGACAAAGAAGAUUGGGAUCAGUUAGCUUUUGCACUCAUCAAUAAUGGAUCUUUUCAGAAAUGCCAAAUUGAUUGCGACUAAACUCAGCAAAUUUUUUUGUAUAUACAUAAAAAUGUUUGUUAAACGUUUGAUCUUAAUUGUGUGUGUGUGUUAACAUGAGUUUUGGUGAUACACUUUUAUUUUGUAGCCGCUUUCAAUCAAUCUGCCAAGCAAUGAGCCAACUAAAGUAAUACAUUCAGAAUUUGAUACUUCGUAACUACCAGCUAAACAUUGUAUACAUUCGGUAACAGCUGAAUUGUUUAUUGUCCUAAACAUGGGCAUUGAUGGUUGGUUGAUUUCCAAAAUGUAAGGUUAGUUAACAUUUUUCUAUCCUUCAGUUAAUCUGUAGUUUACUUGUAGUUCAUAUUUGCAGCAAUAUUUAUUUUAUCAAAAGUCGGAAGGAUAUUGGUCUGUAUCAUUGGUAACUUUUUUCACAUUUGCAAAUGUGUUCCCGGGUCUUUAAUGGGCAUAUGGGUGCAGUCUGAAAAUGUAACGCACACUUCAACAUAACAUUGGUGAAAGCUGACUUUGUUUCCUCAUUUUGAGCCCCCAUAGUAUGCACAUGAGGCCUUCUAGCCUAUGAAAGAUUGUGUCCUUUACAUAUCUUGCUUUUCUAUUUAAUAUGAUUCCAUUCAUUGUCAUAUAGCAAAUCAUGAGCAAAAAAUGCAUUGGUCAAUGUACACAAGCAUCAGUUCAUUAAUUACUACAAAGGCUCAAUUUUGCUUUGGUUGUCAGAAAUGUAUCUAUCAGGUGUAUUUUAUUUCAAGAUACUUCAGCCUGAGAUAUUUUUUAAACCAACAAUCAAGUCCUUGCUCGUUUGUCAGCCAUCAUGUACUUAAAUCAUAGAGAACGCAAAAGUUGACUUCAAGUGCAUUUGGGCCUCUUCAGUUCAAGCUUUCAAGAUAAUUGUAGAAGAGGCUCAUUAUUGUUCCCAUUGUAGUAUGAAGCAACCAUGAGUAGCUUCUCCUGUCUAUUGAAUGUAGAGGUAAACAAAAACUAAAACAAGCCUGCAUUGCACUGGAACUGAGUGGUAGGACUCUUGCUUACCUUACACAAUCAGAGACAAAAUUACUAUUGGUAAAGUAGAAAGAAGAGACUGGUUUUAGUUAUGUUUUCACACACACCAGAAAAUUAUUGUAUAUUGUAAGUAGAAAAAAAUAUUUUAAGAUAUAGUGCAGGGAUGGGUUUGAGAUGUGCCAUGAUCUAUUCAAAUGGCUUUAUAGCACAUCACUUAUUAAUGUUGUCAACCUUUAUGAAGGGUUUAUGAGAACGUGCCCAAUUCCUUUAUCAGAUGGGGAAAGUUAUGACAAUUUUUUUGAGAUUGCCAAGCAUGUAAAUGGUGCUGACAUUUCCAGGCUUGUUUAGUUUGUAAAAAUUCCCCCAACCCUCACCAACCACCCUCACCCAACAGGAAACAGUACAGGAUUUUGUGGCAACUUACUUGCCAGUUGUUCACAAUUAAUAAAUAUGGUUUAAAAGCCCCAUUAUAUAUGGAUAUUAACUCAAGUACCCUUACCAGGCUUUCUAGGAAGAAACAUGGUUUAAAGUUCAUUCCAUGCAGUAAUCUCUUCCAAAGCUUGCACCUUAUUUUCUGAUUUUAAAGAAAGGUUGGCUUUUUUGUAAUAUUCAAUGUGUUUUAAGUGGUCAAAUGGCCUUUUAUUGGAUGUUUGCAAAUAGAACCUUACAGCACAGUGUCGUUUUUGUGCACUUUCUGCCUUUGUCCACUAUGCUACAUUAAAUCAGUAUCUUCCCUCAUAAGGAAUAACAUUUGGUGAUUGUGCCUUGAAUAAAAUGCUUCUUUCUUGUUCAUUGUUAGGGCUGGGGCGAAAGUUAUUACACUCCAGAGGUUUUCUACUUAUCGACCCACUGCUUUUCUGUGUAUAACUGAGGCAAAGUCCAUGUUUUCAACAUGAGAAAAUCACAGAUAAAAAUUCUGUGUGAAAGUGAUGAAAAUGUCAAGCACCACAUGCAAAAGAUGUACACAAUGUUAUUGACCAUUUCACUUCUAAACUGCCAAAUAAUAAUAGCGUGCUCUGAAACAAAUUGUUUUUCCCGGUUCUGAUUUCCCUGUGGCAAUUUAGGGGUGAUGUUUGAUUUGGUUGUGUAGUGUUGAUAGAACGGUUCUUCUCUCUCCCUCCCCACCCCCACCCCUUUCUCCCGGGGAAAAAGAUCAUUUUCCCAGAGAGGUGUGUGCUUGUUUUCUUUUACAUUUCUAUUUUAAAGUAAUCUAGACAGUUUUUAUUUCUGGGUUUGCCAGUUUGAUUUGGCCAUAUUUUUAAAAUAAUGAAUCUUCCAGAAUUUAUUUUAAAAGUGAUUGUUGUCUUUUUUUAUUAAUAUCCAAUGUAGGGAGGGAAAGCAAAUAACGUUUGCUUAGUAACACUGAAGGUGGUUAGAGGAGGAUUGUACUCAUUAAGGUACCAACCAAUGUGCUAUAUAUCCUGUCAUAUUUGAGACUUGCUGUGGUUUCCACCCACGGGUCUUUUUUUAAUUUAGAAAAGUUAUAUUCCACUUUUUAAAAAAAACUGGUGAACCAAGAAAUAAUAUCUUUUCUGUACAAGUUGAAUGUGAACUUAUUUUGUUUUUUUACUGCUCCUCAACAGUAACACUCCCCACAAACUGAGUUCAAGUGGCUCUAUCCCUUUUGUAACUGCAUCUGACCUUCUGUAAAUAAAAUGACUGUGCGAGUGAGUUGCAAGGCUAAAAGCUAAUGAAGGGGUUCAGACAACGUAUAAGUUGUGAGAAUAAAGUCUGAGCAUCUUAUGAAUGUCACCUGAACCCACGGUUAGGCCAAGCCUUCAGUUCACUCACUGAUGUGUUAUUCUAUAUAACAUAUAUACUGUGCUUGGAAUUUUAAUGGAAAUUGUAGGCUGUUUUGUGAAAGUUUAGGGUUUCUUGAUACUUUCAAAAGCAUUUCAGAUUCUUGGUAUAGGAUGGCAAUGGCAUUCACCCUAUAGGGUGCUUACUCCCUCAAGAUCUCAUUAGUGCAGCUUUUACCAGAAAGCAAUUGGCAGUAGAUAACCAGAAAACUCCAUACACAGUAUAUAUUAUAUACUGCUAUUUACCAUUCAUAUCCGCAGAACAGCAUUUUGCCAUUUCCCUUAGGAUCCUUACUCUGAUCCUAUUUUUCAAAUAAAACUUAAUUUAAAAAAUCAUCAGAGAUCUUCCUUUGUCUUUAUUAAGUUUGGGCAUUUAUGAUUUGUUUGUGUAAAAACAUUUAGCAAAAAUAUACAAACUUCCAUUACCAGCUCCAAAAUUUGAAAAAUCCAAUGUUUUUCUUUCCUUUCCCUCCUAUUUGUUGGCGUAUAUACUAUGGAUUCAUAUCUGAAAGAAAAGCAAAGAAAUUUGUGUAAAUAAUGCCUAUUCUUUUGAAUAUUGUAAUAUUAUAUGGUUAACCAGAUGCACUGGUAUAUAAACGGUUAUCCUAUUUUUACAAUUAUCCUUUGAGUGAAGCUUUCAAAAGUUACAUCCUUACAUUUAGAAGGCAAGGAAAUUUGCCUGAGGAUCUGACUUACACACUGGAUUUUACACUAUAGCUGUUUCAAGGGAGCUCUUGCAGACCUUUUGCUAAAAUUGUAGAAUGAGGUCGAACUCAAGGAUGACCAGAUUUCACUUCUGCCUGUGACAAAAGUGGAAUGGAUUUAAUUUUUUUAAAUAAAACUUCCAAAGCAUGCUUUGUAGUAUAGGCCUGUGUCGUGUACAUCCCUUAUCUGUUCAUUUUUGUAUAAAUGUACGCUUGGUCAAAUACAAUCUAACUCUAGUGUUUUUAUAUUUGGUCUGAAUUUUGUAUGUCAAAGCAUUUAUGUUGAAAUCAGAUACCUAAAACUAACAUGCAAACACCUUAUUUUGAUACUAAGGUCACAAAUAAAGAAGUUCCUUAUUAGUGUUCUGUUCACAUUGUUAUAUCCAGUGUUGGCUGUUUUUCAUGCACCAAAUUACUAUUUCAUCCCUUUACCAUCAUUUUUAGCCAUCUUGUCACAAGAUGAUUUCAUACUUUUUUAUAAAAAGAAAAGAAAAUAUGUCCUAAGAUGAGAGCAGAUGGUGGAAAAGGAACUGAAGUUCUCAGUGUUACGAGAUGAUUUAUUUUGUUUUACAUCGGGUUUAAGUACAUUAAAGAUAAUAGCUGCAUUUGGUAUACCAUGGCACCUUCUCACAUAGAAAUGGCUCAAAGUACUUCACAGUAAUUACGCUUAAGUGUAGUUUCUGUGUAGUUUCUACAGAUGAAGGAAUUUAAAAAGAUGGAUGACAAUUUGAAUUCAGAUCGAGAAACACAAAAGAGUUUGUUUCCCAUUGAGUUCAUUCUCAUUGCUACAGAAUCACACUUUACUGGGCAUCUAAUAAGCAACUCACUUUAACCAAUGAUGCAUUUGCUUUUCUUAGGUCCAUGAUAACACUGAUAAUGGGGAGCAAAUAUCACAAGUUUCAUACGACGUUAAACCCUUGAAAUCUUGCUUCCUUUCUAAGCUAGGUGGAAUUCGAUAACCAUCCAAUUUAUUCAUCAACAAAAGCUUAAUUUGACUUCUACUGCAUAAUCUUGUUCGUGCAAACCACGUUGAAGCGACAGCAACAACCCCUUAUUUCAUACCUAUGGUAUAUUUUGGGGAGGGAAGAGGCUAGGCAGUGAUCCAUUGUAACCAGGUUAGCAGCAGCCAGUACAAAUGUGUGCAUUAUAUGUAAGUAUUGCAGGCAACCAAUUUCCUUUGAAACAUACAUUUUCAGGAAAGAAGACAUUUGACUGCAUUUGGAUUCUGAAAAAAAUGUAGGUUAUUUUCAAUCCUAGAGGGAGUUUAUUUUUAAUCCUGUGUUAUUUACAUGCAUUUCUUUGGGUAAUUCCAGGUAUAAUUAUGUCAAGUGUUAAAAUGUAAUAGAAAUAUAUUUUUGGAAUGAUUUCUUUCAGGUCCGUACCAAUACUAUGCUCUGGUUUGUGAGUACAGCCUUGGGGAUUCACUUGGUGAUGUUCCCUGACUUUCUGUCGGGAAAACCCUAUCCUCCACUUGGUACCUCUCUGGGGCAGCUUUGCUGAGAAGUUAAUCAAAGGAAUCUUGCAAACUAAAUCAUGCCUUGUUUCUCUUGUCAUAGGUUAACAAUUUUCAUGCUAACCUCAUUACCAAAUGUAUGUUAAUCCUAUACUUCAAAGGGUUUAAACGGGAAUGGAGCAUGCCAAAAAUAUUGUAAGAUAACCAAUGCCAAUUCUUCCAUUUUUUGGAGCUACAUAUUACCUUCAUUGUUAUAAACCCCAAAUACCCAGAUAGUCCACACCAUUAUAGAUCUUAUAUGUCUACACAUUUUGUUUUCUAAACAUGUAGACUGAAUUGAGAUGGAUUGUCUUGAGUAAUUUGGAUUUAUAGGCAUUCACCUACAAAAUGCAGUCACUACACUUUACAAUACAAACCUAUCAGCAACUGAUACAUGGCUAGUUUUUCAAAGGCAGAAAUAGAAAUGUAAAUGUGUCGAAAGUGUCUUUUUACAGAUAAUUGCAAAAUCAUAUAAUAUUCUUUCACACAUUCUCCAAAAAAUGUCCAAUGUUUUGCUGCUUUGAAAUUAGAUUUGUGGUGGGGUAUAAAUUCAGGAGGCAUUGGAUCCAGUUUUUCAUGGGUAUGAAUUCAAGUAUACCAUUGUUUAAUUGGGCACAAAUUAAUGAGCAGAGAGGGCUCAGUUACAAUAGGGGUAUUCUUUUGUGGUUGGAAUUCAGUCACAUUUUGGGGGAUUAAGUCUUUCUUUCCAUCUGAUCUGCGUUGUACUGUCUUGCUAGACCUCGCUUGGUGCUGACACUGGGUGACAAAAUUGGAAAAGUGUUCCACUGAUGUCCUUCAUCUUGAGUACAUUUGCCCAAAAUAUUAUGAAAGAAAAGGACUUUUGGAAGAUCCAUUAAACGACAAACAUUUUCUGAUAGACAUCAAUUAUCAAUCAUUUGAAAUAUUUUGUUUUCCAAAUCCUUGAAGAAAGUUUGUGUAAAUAUGUACUUCUGUUAAUGCAACAGUAUUUCUGUUUGGUCCCUUGCAAGCCAUAAGUGGUUAUUGGUAGUUUGAAUACAAAUGGGGCUCAGUAGUAAGUGUUUUGAUGAUCUGAAGCAAUAGAAAACCUAGGAGUUUGCGUAAGGGUUUAGAAGGGUGGGGAGGAAGGUCUAUACUGUAAAGUUGAUAUGCUAUCACAGGAGGUAUUCAAAUACCUUCUGUACUUACUUCCAAUAAAGUGUUUGCUUUUUAUAAAAAGACAAAAAAUACACUUUUACCUUUUGCAUUGUGUGAGAUUUUAAAAAUACAAAAGGGAACAAUUUAAUUGGGGCCUUUUAAAUAACCCGGUUGUGAAUUAAUCAUUCACAAGUUGAGAAUUAUUUCUUACUUGUGAUAUAAAUUAGCUAUUUUGCACUCUGCUUUCUAGUAAACUAUUUGCCUGAGGUUUUCCCCCAGCCAAAUAAUUAUUCUGCAAAACUGAUUGUAAUGCACAAUGUCUUUGUGGAAUAUGCAGUUGGAAGAUGAAUAAGUAGGAAUACAAUGAUGUGAACAGGUCCCAAAGUAACGGUCAAAAUGUUGGGAAUAUUUUGAGGGCUGAUGCAUGCAUUGAGUAUACAGGAGAAUGCAAUGCUGAAGUGAACUGAUGUAUUUUUAAUUUUUAUACUCUUGAGUGAGGUACCGGUGUUGUGCUCCAGUGCGCCUCUUUCUUCUAGUUGAAUAUUUUACGACCAUUGUAACAAAGUGAAAUGUGUUCUUGGUAUAAUGUUAGGUCCUUUAAUUUGAUGGCAUAUGGAAAACCUUUCUGUUUGUUUUAAUUCAUAAUGUUGUUUUAUUUAAAAUAAUUAUUGAAUGUGUGAUUAGUACUGCCACAUACUGUAGUGCAAAAAUUCAUAUUUUUGAAUAAAUGAAAAGAGAACACAAUUUUUUAAAA